ACAAAACUAAAUACAAGAAUGAUAUCAAACAGCACCAAUUGAAGCAUAAAGAUCUUUCACAGGUUCAAACGUACAAGUGUAGUGACUGCAAUUACGAAAGUAGAUACAGCGGGAAUAUGAAAGAACACCAACUGAAGCAUAAAGAUUCUUCUCAGGUGCAAAUGUACAGGUGUAACGACUGCGAUUAUGAAACUAAAUACAAGUAUGCUGCCAAAAGGCACCAAAUAACACAUAAAGAUGCUUCACAGGUUCAAAUGUACAAGUGUAACGACUGCGAUUAUGAGAGUAAAGACAAGUAUGCUGUCAAAAAACAUCAACUGAAACAUAAAGAUCCUUCACUGGUUCAAAUGUACAGGUGUAGCGACUGUGAUUUUGAAACUAAAUACAAAGAAUAUAUCAAAAAGCAUCAACUGAUACAUAAAGAUCCUUCACAGGUGAAAAUGUACAGGUGUAACGAGUGCGCAUACGAAAGUAAAGACAAGUAUGCUGUCAAAAAUCACCAACUGAAACAUAAAGAUCCUUCUCAGGUGGAAAUGCACAGGUGUAACGACUGUGAUUACGAAACUAAAUGGAAGGGUGUUAUCAAACAGCAUCAACUGAAACAUAAAGAUCCUUCGCAGGUUCAAAGGUACAAGUGUGACCACUGCGGUCUCGAAACUAAAUACAAGUUUCAUAUGAAACGGCACCAACUGAAACAUAAAGAUCCUUCACAAGUUCAAACGUACAAGUGUAAGGAGUGCGAUUACGAAAGUAAAUACAAGAAUCAUUUCGAACGCCACCAACUGAAACAUAAAGAUCCUUCUCAAGUUCCAAUGUACAAGUGUAACGUUUGCGAUUACGAAACUAAAUACAAGAGUUAUAUCAAACGGCAUCAACUGAAGCAUAAAGAUUCGUCACAGGUUCAAAUGUACAGGUGUAACGACUGCGAUUACAAAACUGUAUACAAUAAUGUUAUCAAACUGCACCAACUGAAACAUAAACUGGUAAAAUGUUCAGCUGUAACGACUGCGAUUUUGGAACUAAAUACAGGAGCGAUAUCGGACGUCACACGUUGAAGCAUAAAGAGUUUUCAUAAAUGCAAAUGUACCCAGCAAAAGAAGUCUUUGAGGAGACCUCAAGUGAUGCACAACUAAAAGUUUGCAGGUGCGAAUUAUUACCUUUCGAUCGUUGGGCAUGUGCGCCUAAGUUUUGAAUUGUAAAGGAGUUUCACUCAAAUAUGCAAGCGAGUGCACUUGUAAAAA